CGCCCGGGUUUUGCACGUGAGGCUGCAAUCCUGGUUAAGCCUCCACCAUGUUUGGGUCCUCCCGAGGGGGUGUGCGCGGUGGGCAGGACCAGUUCAAAUGGGAAGAUGUGAAGACAGACAAACAACGUGAAAACUAUCUUGGGAACUCUUUGAUGGCCCCGGUGGGCCGCUGGCAGAAGGGCAAGGACCUCACCUGGUACGCCAAGGAGAAGAAAGGCGAUGCAUCUUUGUCCCGCAAGGAGGAGCUGAGCGCCAUCCGGCAGGCAGAAGAAGAAGCUAUGAUGGCAGCGCUGGGUUACAAGAAUGUGAAAAAGCAGCCGACGGGACUGAGCAAAGAGGACCUCGCCGAAGUCUGCAAACGGAACGAAGGAGAUCAUGACGAUAAGAGUGUCCAUCGUAUCAUGGGACUGGGUAGUUCACGGAAUGCUGGCGCCAGGGUGAUGUUUUCUAAGGAAGAUAAAGAAGCCGCCAAGCUGGGCCUUUCCGUGUUUACGCAUCAGCCAGUGGCAACGACUGCCAAACCCUCAACCCCUCCACAGAGGCUGGAUGAGGAAAACAAGGCCGCAAUAUUGGAGAGCGGAGUCGUCAAGAAGUCGAAAAGGGAGAAGCAGAAGAAAAAGAAAAAGGAGAAAAAGAAAGAGAAGAAAGAGAAGAAAAGAAAGAAAGAGAAGAAGAAGAAAGAGAAAGAAAAACACCAGAGGAAGAGAGAGUCAUCCUCACUGGACAAUUCUACUUCAAAUAAUGAGAAAAGGAAACAGAAGUCCUCUCUGGAUCCUAGCCGGAGUGACAAACCCUCAUCCCCGGCCCGAGCAUCACACCCACACUCCUACCGGUAUGAACGCAACACAACUCCGACGCCUCCCUCCAAGCAGAAAAAGGAGUACCGACAUCGAAGUUAUACCCAGUCCUCGUUUUCCGGAGGCAGAACUUCAGAGUCCCGGAAACGGACAUGGGAUGAAUCCUUAAAAUCCACUCCCGCUAAAAGGCGGCAUGACACGGAUUCAGACAAUUGACCCCUCCUUGUAAAACAAACCAGAGUUUCCCAUCAUGUCGUUACUUUGAUCCUAAAGCGGAAACAGAUUCUAGUUUGAUGCAAAAUUCCGUAUCCUUUUCCUAGGCGGGACGUUGAUUUCCCUCCGUCCGUUGUUACCGCUGCCCCAAAAAGGUCUUUUUUGUUGUUGUUGUUGUUCAAAAGGAUCCUGAACUUUUAACGAACACAAAAUUUAUGUUUACCGGUCAGCAGAAGUUGAUCGUUUACAAAUGGCGGGCCCAAAAUA